AUGAUUCGGCGACACUUCCUCUACCUGUUGUUGCUCCUUCAGCUGUGCAUCGAGACCUACCAGUGGCCUUUUUCCUACUGGUGGUCGGGCACGUCCUCCAAGUCCCAACUCCCGGUGCACAAGGCCAUAAGCGCCGCAGCCAACAGCUUGUUUCCUAGAGUGCUAAACUUCUUUCCUGAGCCGGUGGCUGAGGAUUGUAUUUCGUCAGACAAGCGUCGCCGUGGAGUUUGCAUGAACACCUAUGACUGUCAAGAACGGCGUGGACAUGCGAGUGGAAGCUGCGCCCUCGGUUUUGGAACAUGCUGCAUUUUUAUAACCGACUGUAGUGGAGAAGUUCAAAACAACAUGACCUACAUAACGAAUCCAGGUUUUCCGAAUCUUGUAGACCAUCCAAUGAACUGUUCAAUAUUAGUAAAAAAGGUCGACCAACAGAUUAGUCAACUGCGCAUCGAUUUUCAUCAUUUUAAUAUAGGACAACCAAAUCGAAAAACUGGAGUAUGCGACGACGACAUUAUGGUGGUGAGAUCAGGAGAGCGGACUUUGCAUCUCUGCGGAUGGAAUAGCGGCCAGCAUAUCUACGUGGAUAUUGGCGAGGAGCCAGUGACGAUAAACUUUCGAUUGCCAGGUAGCAUGACGUCGCGCAUGUGGGAGAUGAGCGUGCAACAACUGGGCUUCGAGCAGCGAGCGCCGGCCGGCUGCCUCCAGUACGCGCGCUCCGUCAACGGCACCCUCCGAACCCUCAAUUACCUGCCGAACGGCCGCUACCUCGCCAACUACGACUACCUGAUCUGCAUCAGGCAGGAGUACGGCAUGUGCAGCAUCGCCUACGAGCCCUGUGGCCGCGACUCCUUUCGCAUCGGGAGCUCGCGUCGGCUGCGCAACGCCACCACCCUGCAGCAGAUCACCACCGAGGCUCCGAGCAUAUUCGACUUCGACUACGAGGGCUCCGGUGCGUCCGCCGAGCAGCAAUUCUCCGCCGUCGGCAGCAGCGACGGCUCAGCGACGAAAAAGUGCCGCGACAGGAUCCUCAUUCCUUGCGACUUUGAGGAAUUCAUUACGCCUGGUAACGACGGCACCGGCAUCUGCGACCUUGAACACUGCGGCAUCUCCUUCUGUCCAAUGACGACGAGCACGACGACGAAGCAGCGGCCACAAACGACAUCGAGCGAAAACGGACCGAACUGUCGCGUGGAAACUUCGGCGCUUCCUUUCCAUAUAAGAGUGGACUUUGGACCGGCUGGGGUGGAAACUGCGGCAACGCCGCCCGAAGACAUGACUGGCAUGUGUCUCAGCUAUGAGCAAAUUCCUUGUGCUUCUUAA